GUCAACAGUCAAACUCUCAUGUCAAUUUUGGUUUUUCUUUUCUGUAAUAUUUACAUUUUACAUCUGAUAUCAUUACUUGACCUUUAUUAUUGAGAAUCCAAAAUCCAAAUCAUUGUUUUGUCAGAGUUGUAAUUAAUCACCUGAUGUUAAAAUCGUACAGUGUUCACAGAAGAAACAGUGCGUUGUUAUUGAUUCUAGAUUAUUAUUCCUUAAAACUAAAGGUCACAUGAAAAACACGCAUCGUGAUUAAGGCCACGUCAUUUUAAUGUAUUUCUAAAUAAAAAUAGACGGUUCUAGUGAUAAAAGAAUGGCUUCAAGUACAGAAGAGACUAUCAAAGAUUCUACUGGCGAUGGUGCCCAAAAUCCAGAGACGAAAGAAGAUGAAAAAAAGGAUGAUUCUAUGUUCGAGUGCAAUAUUUGUUUAGAUACUGCCAGAGAUGCUGUGGUUAGCAUGUGUGGACAUCUGUUUUGUUGGCCCUGUCUCCAUCAGUGGUUAGAAACAAGGCCAAACAGGCAAGUCUGUCCAGUAUGUAAGGCAGCUAUAAGUAAAGAAAAAGUGGUACCACUUUAUGGAAGAGGUAGUACUAAGCAAGAAGAUCCCAGAGAGAAAGUACCACCAAGACCAGCGGGGCAAAGGACUGAACCAGAACCUGGUACUAAUUUUUCAGGUUUUGGUUUUGGCGACAAUAGUUUUCAUAUGUCUUUUGGAAUUGGUGCAUUCCCAUUCGGCUUUUUCACUUCGACAUUCAAUAUAGGAGAACCGAGGCCCCAUGCAGCACCUCACGGCACACAGCAACACAUGGAAGAACAGUUUUUAUCUAAAAUAUUUCUCUGGCUCGCCAUAUUGUUCCUAACUUGGCUAUUGAUGGCUUAGGGUUCCUUAAACAAAAAAAUAAAGUCAUUUUUUGCGCUUAGAAUUUAAUUGUAAUUUUUGGCAUAUGUGUUGCGAAGUUAAAAGGUUAAUUUUUCUUGAGUAAUGGUCAAGAUAAUUUAUUAACAGUGACAGUCAGUAGUUUAAUGGUUUUCAAAGAAAAGUUAAUGGUUUAAACAAGAUACACAGGCCAAUUGGAAAAUGGAGCCUUGGUUAGUCUAAAACAAUGGAAAUUCUGUUAAUGAUAUAUUUGUGCUUAAAAGUCAAAUGACUAACCAUGUACUGGUGUAGGGUUCGAAAGUGGAAAGUAAAUUAAAUUAUUUCGAAAUUUAUGAGAUUUCCUAAGCUAUGGUUUAAAUGUAAUCUCAAUAAAACUAAAAAAAUUUAUAUGCUUGAUUUUGAGUAUUUUGCGUACUUAUUUACAAAAAGGACUUCGAUUAGCAUUCAAAAUAAUGAAAUGCAUGUCGGAAUUGGAAUUAAAGUUCUUUGGAUCUAUGACAAAAACAUCGCCCUGUAUAUAAUAAUUUGAAGUAAAUUUACUACGGUGGGACAGAUAUAGCUGAAGCCUCCAAGGUCAUAUGUGAAGUGAAUAGAAGAGCGGAACUUUUUUUUUUCCUUUUUUUUUGGAGUGAUCACUUAGAUCUUAAUAUGUUGUGCAUUUUAAGACAUUGUCAAAUGCAAGUAUCGUAAAAAAUCGCGUUUGUUAUUUCUGCCGAACUGUACAUAAGUAGAUUUUAUAUACACCUUCGGCUUAAAUUUUUCUUGGGUAUUGCCGAUUAACAGGAGGAACUGCGAUAGCCUUAUAAAGAGCGAGAACGCAGUAAAUCCCACUCUACUUGCGUGUCGAAGUCGGCGGAUGAGAUCAACGCCUUAUUUUUGCUUUCUCACUCUUAUUCUCGCUUCAUAUGAAUAUUUUUCUUUCUGUUGCUCUUUAUAGAUUUGCUCAAUACCCAAGAAAAAUUUAAGCCGAACCUGUACAUCCAUUUACAUUCUCAGAUUGCCCUUGAUAAAUAUUUUUCAGUCUAGAAUUUUUGCUUGUCCUGAUAAACGUUCUUUACUUGCGUAGGUUGUUAACGCAAUUAGCGUCACUGUUACUUGAAAUACCUUUGUAGCUAUCAAUUAACGUUGACAAUAUUAACGCCUCACCUUAUAAGAAAAUGCGAAAAUUUUAUUGUCUCUUUACAGCCACAGCAUUAUCAAGUGUUAACUAUGAUGUAUACAAUUAGUUAAGGUGUGUUCUUUUAUUUAAAGCUGUGACAAACCUCCCUUUUGGGUUCAUUAGUGAGCCUACUUUAAAAGCCGAUGGAUAAUAUAAAUAGUUGUGAUGUUUUUUGUUUAACAUGAUAAUUUAGAUACAAGCUAACCCAUAACUAACAACUUAUAAGUUAAAAUAUAAAAUGGCUGCAGAAGAUAUAUUUACUAUUCUAAUUAUAACUGGCUUUAUAUUAAAGUAAUGUCAAACGUCAAAUCUUAUUUUCAGCUCAAAACCCUUAAACAAGAAAUUGACAUCAAUUAUAGAUGGAAUAUUAUUGAAGAAAAGAACGCACCUUUAUAGCACUAUGACAAAAGCUGUCAAUUUCGGACCUGUCAUUAUAAAUCUGCAAUAUACCAAUACAAUAGAGCUUGAACUAUGCGAGGAUGGUCCUAAGCUGUAAAAUAAUCAAAUUAUAGCCCUAGGACCAUACAUUGCAAUUUUAUGGUUUUGUAGGGUUAUAAAGUUUGUAACUUCAUUAAGUAAAUUGUAAAUAUGUAUAGCCUGACAUGAUGGGUUAAUUUUCAGUCUGUUUUGUUAAUAUGUAAAAAAAUGUUGACCUGUCUUGUAACGAAGUGAACAAUAAAGAAAAUCAGAACCUGGAUGUGAUUUUUCAGGAUACAUUGUUUUUGUGAUUAUAAAUAGAAAUAAAUUAAAUGUUGAUAUUUAUUGUUUUUUAUUAUUAAUGUCUUUUAUGGAUUGAUGUGGAGGAAAGUAAAAACGUGAAACUC